AUGGAGGCGGAAAAAGAAUCGAGCGAAGCGUCUGUCGCCUCUGUGGAAACGGACGAGCCAUGCCUCGCCGCUGUGUCGAGCGCCGAGGUCGGUGAGAUCGUACGUGUCUUCAUCCUGCCGGCCUGGCGUAAACAUGGUCUUGGCAGUCGGCUGAUGGGACAUCUUGAAGCGCAUGCGCGCCAGCGGGCCGGCUACCGACGUCUCAAGCUGGAGACUUCACAGUUCCAGGACAAGGCGAGGCUAAUGCGCAGAGAUCACUUACGGCGUCUUUUCGCCACAACAGGCUGCUUCUAA